UGCAAGAAAGUGCGAUCAAUUGUCUGCACUUGAACAAAUCGAUAUGUUAGAUCGAUCGUAUCUUUUAACUCGACGAGUUUCGCACUGAAGAUAUAUAUUUUGAAUGACAAAUCGGUUUUUUGUUUGUUUCAUAUCAGCAAAGAUAAGGGCAAACGCUUAUCGCAAGAGUACCGACGAGUCGAUAUUAAGAUUGCGAUAGUUUCAUUUAUAGAUCGACUUUGUUGAUGUAUAUAACUUUAUUAUCAGUAUAAAAUAUAUAAUUUGCAUUAGACGAGGAGCACCUGAUAUUGAUUAGUAUUAUUAAUAGAUACGAUAAUAACAAUAUAAUAAUUUAUUUUGUUAUCGGUUUAUCGUGCGAACAGCUUGAGAACAUUAUGUCUGAUACAUAUGUAACAAUAAUUGUUAAUGACAUCAGAUAUCGCAAAAAACAAAAUCUUUUAAAUAUUUGAAAUUAUUAUAAAAUGUUAAAGAUUUCUCAGUACACUCUCUGCACUUAAAAUAAAAAGCAUACAACUUGUAUGGGGGAAUAAAAGAGGCCGCGGUAGAAGUGCAGUAUAGUGCAGUAGAGUGUAGGUUAUAGGCGGUGUUGACGUAUGUAUGUACCUAUAUAAGCGGUGCAGCUUUUUAUGCAAAUUCAGUGACUGCGUCGCUGCACGGAGCGUAGGUGAUAGAGGUUAAUUGGGUUUAUUAACCGGCAAGGUGGUGCGAUGUUUUGUCGCAUUAUUAAUUGUAAAUUUCGCUGAAGUUUUAUACAAUACUUUUUAUAUUCGUCACUUAGCUAUUUAUUUUGUACAUAGCAACAGAAUACACGAACUUUCGGAUGAUAAUACCUCAGUAGAAAACGAGGGAAUGAGAAAUUUCUUACUUGCAACAUGAGAAUUUACAUGCUUAUCACGAUAAUUUAGUCAGCAUAAUUUAGUCAGCGCAACUGCGAUAAUAUAGUUUAAAUGUAAACAUAGAUCUUGAUUUUCCACACUCAGCUUCAAUGUAAUCAAUGUAAUAAAAAGUAUAAGAAUCCUUCACACACAUGACAUCAGCGGAACAUUUUAUUAGUCUCAUAACGGUAGCGAGUGCAAAGAAAUUAGCCACUGCGCUUGUUAUCUGUUUCAUUGUAUACCAUGGUGUAAUACAUCUUAUUUAUGGCAGCGAUUCCUGUAAAUGGCUAUUGACAGAAGGCAGGUACAAAGGAGACAAAGAAUGGCAACCGUAUGGAUGCAUGAUGCAUCACUAUACACAAACAGACAGCAGGAGGUGCAUGAGAUAUCUAGCUUUCAUGGGUCAUUACAAUCACUUUGUAUUUAUGGGUGACGCUAGAGUAAGGCAGUUGUAUAAAUCUUUCGUGUCGCAAUUCAUGGUCGACGGCAAGGCGUCAGAUCUCACGGAAUUACCUGAGAAUUCCGACUUAGGCUUUAACGAUGGGCAACUUAAGUUAAAUGUGCAGUUUCUAUGGAGACCACGGCUGGAUGAUUCUAUGAUAGCAGAUCUCAGAGGCUGGAUGAAAACGGGUGUACCUAAUGUGAUCGUCGCGGGCUCCGCCGCGGCCACAAUCCUUGUAAACAAUAACAGUGAUACGCAACUCUAUUCAGAAUACAGUACGGGCCUGAUUCGACUGGUACAACCGGUGGACUUUCUUGCUAGAAAGGGAUCUCAGUUCCUGUGGCUCCUGCAAGAUCCCGUGCUCAAAGAGAGACUGCCCGCACAAUUGUCGAGCAUAGAUAACAAGCAAAUCAAUCUGUGCAACAGGGCAGCUGAGAAGAUAUUGUCUCACAGUGAGGCCCGUAUGUGGCAAAGUAGCAAAUUGGUCGGUACGGGCGUUCUCGAACAAAGUCCGGACGGUUAUUUGGCGAGCCCGCUGUCGCUUCGUCAUAAAGUGCAAAUACUGUUGAACACGUACUGCAACGACCACAUGAACUUCGAUGAUGGCAGUUGUUGCAGUUAUCCCGAGCCAGCGACCAUUCUACAAUUGUUGAGUCUGUCCGCACUUGCGUUGUUCAUAAUAAUAGGGGGCGCAGUAUGGCUGUACAGAAAAUUAUGCAAGUAUCGUUCCGACGUAUCCUAUUCUCACGUUACCACCGAGGAAACGGAAGACACCGAGGAAGCAGGCACCUCGGAAAUUAUCCGAGUCAAGCAACCGGAGGUGCAGGACUUCUACACUUGCAUCACGUCACUGGCCCUCUUCUCUAUUAUGACAAAUUUUUUCAUGAAGGAGAAUAAGUAUUAUAGUGAAUUUAGUUUUUGGUUGCCGCUCGGAUAUAUCCUGGCCCUCGGGCUCUUUUUCACGGAGGACCGCGAGAGAGGGCCGCGAGCGUUGAACAGAGAGCAGACGGAUGAGUGGAGGGGUUUGAUGCAAGCGGUCGUGCUGAUAUAUCACGUCACCGGUGCCAAAAACGUCUUGCCGAUCUACAUGUAUCUAAGACUAAUUAACUCCGCCUAUUUAUUUCUCUCUGGCUACGGGCAUUUUUGUUACUUUUGGCAAACGGGUGAUGUGUCUCUCGUUAGGUUCGCAAGAGUCAUGUUUAGAUUAAAUUUACUGACAGUGUCUUUAUGCCUUUGCAUGAAUAGGCCGUAUCAAUUUUAUCACUUCGUGCCGUUAGUGUCAUUCUGGUUUUUGGUGAUUUAUUUUCUGGCGUGGUUACCGCCUAGAAUAUAUUCCGGAAGUCUAGCGGAGUACGGACCGAGGGCCUUGCUGUACUUCGCUCUGAAACUGUUGGGUCUCGUUUCAAUAAUUACCAUACUGUACAUGUCCGAGGUGUUCUUCGAGAAAGUUUUCGUCACGAGACCGUGGAAGGCAUUGUUCGUGACGACUGACGAUGAUAUCCGCGAAUGGUGGUCCCGUUGGAGGGUCGAUAGAUACAGCAUAGUCUGGGGCCUGACCUUCGGAGCUGGCCUUGUUGCACUUCAGAGAGUGGACCAUAUACCAGGCACUGCUCUGUCCUCUGUACUGGCUCUAGUUUCCUUGAUAGCGUACACCACCUUUACAAUUCUAUGCCACUCUGUAUCAGAAUGCGAGGAAAUCCACUCCUACGUCGCUUUUAUUCCGAUUUUAGGAUACAUCGCUCUGCGAAACGCAUCGCUGGCACUACGAGGAAAACAUUCCGCGCUUUUAGCCGGACUGGGUAGAAUAAGUCUGGAGACUCUGGUUGCGCAGGGCCACAUAUGGCUGGCAGCGGACUCGCACGGGGUGCUCGUGUUAUUACCCAGAUUCCCAGUAUUGAAUCUGCUGGUUACCUCGUUCAUUUUUAUCUGCGCCAGUCACGAGAUUCAUAGACUGACGCACGUUUUGGCACCGUACGCAGUACCCAACGAUUGGAAAUUAGUAGCGCGCAAUCUGCUACUAUUUGUAGCUGUAUUGAUACCUAUUGGAAUUCACGAUGGAAUGUUUUAAAAAUCUCAUCUUUAUAAAACAGUCAAACAAAGAUACUAGCAGUAUUAAUACUAUAUGACGCCCAGUAUAAAAUUUUCAUAUCACAUAGCUCAAAAGAAAAA